CGCUUUCACUCACAGAGCCUUCUCUGAAAAAUGGGGAAACUCGACAUUUUCAAGCUCAUCAAUUGCCUCUUGUUUCUAGUCACUGUGUUUAAUACUGUCAACUCUGCUAGGGUCCUUGAUGAAGUUGAUCCACAACCACAAGUCAUUAACAAUCAACCAGGACUGGCCCAUCCUACAGUCACAACUGGUCCUACUUCUACUGCAACAACCACUUUGCCAGGCACCCAAAUUCCGGCUACCGCCGCCGCCGCCCCUGCCAUCCCGGUUCCCCACGACACUCCGGAGGAAACACCAGUAGCAGGUGCACCUGUUGCCGCCACCAAUGAGGCAGCGACGCCCAUCGCCACCACCCCCACGAAGGUGGAAACUGAUGAUGGCGCAGAUGAUGAUAACAACAAUGCUGCUGCUGCUGUGAGCUCCGCUGCACCGGCUGCAGGUGAUGAAAGUGCAGAAGAAAAUCCAGAACACCCAGAGCCAGAAGCGGUAACUCCAACCGUCGUCCCGGUGGCAGGAGCCCCAGUCGCCGGCAGCAACGGGGCGGCAACUGCGAGUCCAGCCGGAAAAGAACCGACCCUUUCUUUCUUCAUGCACGACAUCAUUGGCGGGUCACACCCGUCAGCCAGAGUGGUGGCCGGGAUCGUUGCCAACACGGACGUCACCGGCCUGCCGUUUUCCAAGAUCAACAACAACCUCUUCCCCAUUGUCGGAGGAAUCCCGUUAGUCAACCCCAAGCUCAACGGCAUUGUCACCAACAACAACCUCCCACUCCUCGUAGGCCUCAACGCCGCUCAAGCCUCCACUGUGUUCCAAAACAGAGGCACCGGUAGCACAGUUACCGGCGGCGACAACCAGCCUUUUGUCUCCGCCGGUAACCUUCCAGCCGGGUUCACCCUCCAGAAGCUCAUGUUUGGGUCGGUGACGGUGAUCGACGACCAGUUGACCGAAGGGCACGAGCUAGAUUCUACUGUGAUUGGUAAAGCAGAAGGCUUCUACUUGGCUAGCUCCUUGGACGGUACUAGCCAAACCCUCGUGCUCACAGUUAUAUUACACAGUGGUGAGCAACAUCACGGUGUCGAGGAUACCAUAAGCUUCUUCGGCGUUCACCGGACUGCAUCGCCGGGAUCGGAGAUCGCCGUGAUCGGCGGUACGGGUAAGUAUGAGAAUGCAAUGGGAUAUGCUGCUCUUGAAACGCUUCCAAAGGAGGACAUGCACACCACGGACGGAGUAGACACCAUCCUGCAUUUCAAUGUCUAUCUCACUGAUGAGUAGCUUACUUGUACUUCACGCUUUGGUUCUUUUCCUUGCUUAUUUGAUUUCACAUUUGGGUGAACUUUAAUUAUUAUAUAUGUAUGGUGGUUGGUCUGUAUCUCAGAACGUGUUCAUAUCAAUGUCAAGGCGUGUCGUAUGUUUUUCUGAUAUUCAA